CUUGCUCUUUUCUCUCUUGCAUUAUAUUGUUACUUCCUUCUCACUUGUCUCUGAGAACACCCACACACACAAAGGCCAGAUCCCAAACACAAUCAAUCAAUCACAUCAAUCUCUGAAACAACAACAAUCAAAAACAACAGAAGAUAGAAAAUUUUAACAGACUAAUUAUAUAAGAAAAAACAUGUCAUCUUCAGGUUCUUUCUCACCGGACCACCACCACCAUUACCACCUGUCUCCUCCUCCCAACGAGCAACUCCGCUAUGUCCAGUGCAAUUUCUGUCACACCAUACUCGUGGUGUGUGUUCCUAGCAGCAGUUUGUACGCAACAGUUACGGUUCGAUGUGGCCACUGCGCGGAGGUGUUGCCUGUCAACAUGCGUGCAAGUCUUCCUGCUGCUGCUCCAAAUCAGUUCCAGCAGCAGCAGCAGCUGGCGGGCCAUAAUUUCUUUUCUCAUCAAAACAUUAUCUUGGAGGAAAUGAGAAACAACCCCUCCAGCCUGUUGAUGAAUCAGCAUAUUCCAGAGCCGUUCGGGCCUGUUCGAGUCGAUGAGCUUCUCAAACCUCCUGUGGUCAAUAGACCUCCAGAAAAGCGCCAGAGAGUUCCUUCUGCUUACAACAGGUUCAUCAAGGAGGAGAUCCAACGUAUCAAAGCAGGAAACCCAGACAUAAGUCAUAGGGAAGCCUUCAGUGCAGCUGCAAAGAAUUGGGCACAUUUUCCUCACAUCCACUUUGGUCUUAUGCCUGAUCAGCCCCUUAAGAAAACCAAUGUUUGCCAACAGGAAGGAGGUGAUCUUCGCAUCAAAGAGACUUUAUUGACCGCAGGCAACGUGGGUGUUUCACCGUACUAAGAAAAGCCGGUCGGGUUUUUAUAAAUAGCUAACUAGGGUGUUAUUAUGUUCAUUCUCUGCGUUUGUAUGCACUCUUUCCAGCUUGCUGUAUUGAGUUAAUGUUUGAAACUGACGGUAUUAUUAUUAAUUAGGGAUGUUCUUGUUUACUGUUGUGUAUGAAUCGAAGUCUUUAAACAAUUACUAAAGUUGGUUUUUGA